GGGGUAAGACCAUUAGAUCCAGGAGGAACCCAUGUUUCGUUUUGGGGAAAGAUAAAAGCUUAAAGGUUUCUACUUUUUUUUAGGGUUAUUCUUUUGUGUGAUGAUUCAUUGAAAACCCUCUCUGUUUUUAGUAUCCUUCCUCUUCACUUUCACCUGAUCCUCUGUUUUUUCUUGUAUUCGGAUAAAGUUUUGAGCUUUGUGUCGUUUCUUGAGAUAAAAAGCUAAUCUUUGAGGGGUUUCUAAUUAGGGUCUGUGUAUGAUCUUCCUUCCUCGGUGAGAUCAAGAGAUCUUAGGAUAAUCAAAGUCUCACCAGAAACAGAGGAUCUGUCUCAUAGAUCCGUCAGAUCUGUUAACUACAGGUACGCAUAUCUUCUUGAUUAGUGCCAAAGAUAGUGUGAGGUUACUCUUAGAGAGCUGAAUUGGAUGUAGUAUAGCAAUUAGAGAAGGAGUUAGAAGAUGAAAGGUUAGCCGUUAAGUGGUGUGGAAGCAGUAGCAUUAAGAGAGCUUCAUGGAAGAGAUUUCACCAGCAGUUGCACUUACUUUAAGCUUAGCCAACACGAUGUGUGACUCAGGAAUCUCGUCUACUUUAGAUAUUACCGAGAUGAAGAACGUUACUGAUGCUGUUGACAUGUUGUGCGAUGAGAAAGAUCAAAGUAGUUACAGGAAUGGAGAGGUUGAGUAUAUGAUGGAAGACAAAGCAUUAUCUGAAGCUAGAUCCAUGUCUUCUGAUUUUGGUGUAUCUGUUCAAGAAUCAGAAGAAGAUGAGGUGUUAGUAUCUGACGCAACUAUUAUAAGUGAGGGUUUAAUAGUUGUGGACGCUAGGUCUGAGAUAACUUUGCCAGAUACAGUUGAGAUAGAUAAUAACGGGCGUGUUCUUGCUACUGCGAUUAUCCUAAACGAGACGACUAUAGAUCAGGUUCCCACAGCUGAAGUCCUUAUCACGAGUCUGAAUCACGAUGUGAAUAUGGAAGUGGCAGCUUCAGAGGUAGUCAUUAGGGUGCCUGAUAAUGUUGCAAGAGGAAGCAGGAGUGUCUAUGAACUUGAAUGUAUACCUCUUUGGGGCACUGUUUCAAUCUGCGGUGGAAGAUCUGAAAUGGAGGAUGCUGUCAGUGCUUUACCUCAUUUUCUGAAAAUACCUAUUAAAAUGCUUAUGGGGGAUCAUGAAGGGAUGAGUCCAAGUCUCACAUACCUUACUAGUCACUUCUUUGGUGUAUAUGAUGGCCACGGAGGCGCUCAGGUUGCUGACUAUUGUCAAGAUAGAAUCCAUUUUGCUUUGGCUGAAGAGAUCGAACGGAUUAAAGAAAAAUUGUGCGAGAGGAACACUGGCGAGGGUAGGGAGGUUCAGUGGGAGAAAGUCUUUGUCGAUUGUUAUCUGAAAGUUGAUAAUGAAGUUAAAGGCAAAGUCAGCAGACCUGUUGUUGGUGAUGAUAAGAUGGUUCUUGAGGCUGUUUCUCCUGAAACCGUGGGAUCAACUGCUGUGGUUGCUCUGGUCUGCUCAUCACAUAUAAUAGUCUCUAACUGUGGUGAUUCAAGAGCUGUCCUACUCCGUGGCAAAGACUCCAUGCCUUUAUCUGUUGAUCACAAAGUAAAGUAUCCUCCCUAUCCUUCAAUGGUACAUGAGAAAGUUUCUUAUAUCUUAAUUCUCUUUUUGCAGCCAGAUAGAGAGGAUGAGUAUGCAAGAAUAGAAAGAGCUGGAGGAAAAGUUAUACAAUGGCAAGGUGCACGUGUUUCCGGUGUUCUCGCCAUGUCAAGAUCCAUUGGUGAUGAAUAUCUUGAGCCAUAUGUGAUACCAGAUCCUGAAGUGACGUUUAUGCCACGAGCAAGAGAAGACGAGUGUCUUAUAUUAGCCAGUGAUGGACUUUGGGAUGUAAUAAGCAACCAAGAUGCUUGCGAGUUUGCAAGGAAAAGGAUCUUAUGGUGGCACAAGAAGAAUGGAGCAUUGCCUUUAGCUGAGAGAGGUGUAGGGGAAGACCAAGCUUGCCAAGCAGCAGCUGAUUAUCUCUCCAAACUCGCUAUUCAGAAAGGAAGCAAAGACAAUAUCUCCAUCAUAGUGGUUGACCUUAAAGCUCAGAGAAAGUUCAAGACCAAAUCUUGAAAACAGUGUACGCUCCAGCUCUUCUUACAACAAUACUAUAAUUUUUAUUUUUAUUUUUUAAUUUGCACAAGUUUUACAUAAAAAUAAGAAGUGAAAAUGUUGAAGGGAAGAAGAAUUAAAGACUGGUGAUGAUAGCUUAAAGUCCAUUCCUUUUUCUCAUGGACUUGAAUGUGUAUGUUUGUUAUGUAUAAGAAAGAAUAGAAGAAAUGUUUUUUUUUUUCUUGGCUUAUAAAAAAUGUAGAUGGAUAUUUUGUGUGAUAUUGGAGAUGUGGCUCAAGGAAAAUGUAAUUUGGAAUUUAUCUUACAUUAACCUUAAUACUUUUAUCUAAUUUAUCUUCUUCUAUGUAUA